UCUGCGGAUGUAAAACACAGGGUUUAAGAGACAAUUAUCAAUGGUAUGUGGUAUUACCUCUUUUCUUGAGUUUUUUGUUGGUCAAUCAUGUACUUGUGCUUUACAGGCCGUUGUAUGUAUCGUGUAACUAAUAAAUGUAUUUGUUUUCUAACUUUAUAUAUAUUUCUUUCUAAUAAAACUAUCUUGGGAUUGCCAAUUUGUCAUAAUGAAAAAGUUCGAAACUUUAUUAAAUAUUAGUAUGAAAAUUAUUUUGAAAUUUGUCAGAGAACAAAAUUCGGACCAUAUAGUUUCAAAUAUUACGUAACAGAUGUUUAAAUAGUACCUGUAUUUUUCAAUUUGGGGUUCAAAAUGCAUUGUACUAUUAUUCGAUAAUAAUAAACUAGUCACCUGCGGUUUGAUUUCACUCAGGUAGGAAUAUUUGUGGUCUCCCAACACCGGGGUUUUCAGCACAUGAAGGAGAUGUGUUCGUAUCUGAUGUUUCACACCUAUUAAAACAUGUAUACAGAAACUAUUUCAUAUGUUUUGUGGGAUAUUCUGAAAGUAAAGUGCUGGGAAAAUAUUUACUGUAAUAGAAACAAUAAAAAGACAAAUAUCCCUCACAUUCAAGUAAAUUAAACAUGCAUGGUCUAUGAAAACAUUGGGAGAAAUAUACUGUACAUUCACUACAUGUACCUAUACAUACAUAGCUUACAACAACAAAUAGGACCACGGGUCAUAACGCCCGCCAGACUUUCAGCCAGGUUUCUUACCGAAGUGCUUUAAUCGGCAUCGCAAAAUGUCAACCAUUGUAGUAAGCAUGAUUGAUUGAUUGUAUAUUGUUUAACGUCCCUCUCGAGAAUUUUUCACUCACAUGGAGACGUCACCACUGCCGGUGAAGAGCUGCAAAAUUUAGGCACAGGGAGGGAUCUUGAUCGUGCCAAACCUGCUGUGACACGUGACCUCGGUUUUUAUGGUCUCAUCAGAAGGACCACCCCAUUUAGUUGUCUCAUACGACAAGCAAGGGGUACUGAGGACCUAUUCUAACCCAGAUCCUCACAAUUAUGAGAGUUCGUGUAUAUUACUAGUGAAUUUCACACACUGCAGAUUUGUUGAUGUUGAAAAGAAAAUAUAAGAAACUUUUCUACAACCUACUGGGGAUGGUUGUCGGGAUUUUCUCCGGCUUACACAGUUAUGACCUCCUUAUAUAAACAAAACCAGAUAGAGGACUCCUAUUGGAAAUAAGUUCUAAAGAGUUUUUACAGGUUACAUGUAUCCCAGCUAGCAUUUACUAUCUAAGCCGAAUAAAGAUUUAUUUUACUCGGAGAACAUGCAUAUUUCAUUGUAAAGUAUCUGGGUCUUACUGUUGUGUGUCACGCGAAUUAAACCCCGGAUAUUUUUGCUUGAAAAUACAAUGGAGUCUACAGUCGCACUACACAGUGAUGCUUCAGAUAGGUAAACCAUACAAAAUUUCUUUGUAAUGUAUAUAUCAAUAUAUAUUAUGGGUAGCAAUAAAGAUCUAUUGGAUGGUUUGUGUGAAUUGCAUACAAAAUACAUGUAUAUAAAAAUUGUACAUAAUGCAUUUAUCACUUUUAACACACAUCGGUGCACGUACGUUGUAUCGAAUAUUUCAAUGACACAAAACAAUCUGCUUAUUGUUUCAAUGGUUUGACAGUAUCCACACAAUGCUACAUUUAUACGCUGUAUUAAGCAAUAUAAUAACAAUGGAACAAUGUAUAUAUUAUAUUGAACUGAAUUUGAACGUUCCUAAAUUUCCUACAAACGGAGACAAGAGAGUGGGACAAGUAGGAUCGCCAGCUUAUUGGGCGGUAUACAUUUUCGAUGGACAUUAUAAAUUCUCCACAUCGAGGACCUAUUGCUAUAGUAUUACCACGAACAGUUCUAGACAAAAAAGCGGUCACUUUAUGGUAGACAGUGGGCAUCAUAUUGCAGAGGCAAGCAGCCAUGCCAUCACUUCGGAUACUCAAGAAGUGGUACCACAAACAGACAGUCUGGUGAUAUUGAACAUACAGAAUCUGGUGAAAAUUUACGACGUAGGAUCCGGUAGUGACGUCGGCGAGAUUCACGCGCAGUAUCUCCUCGACAACGUACUGACGGGCACCAGAAAAUCCUUACAGACAAAUCUAGCUCGUAAUGACAGAAGUGAUUGGAGGGAUGGAACAAAUACGUUCCAAAACUUACAGGCUAGAUAUUUCCGCAGGCGUUGGAGAAUUUAAGAGUGAAAAGGCAAUCGUUGGAACCCUAGAGAAUAUUCAAUGGACAAAUCGAGUGGAGGAAAUCGACACGAAGAUUUCUUUUCUAUCAUCAGUGAUAACUGAUUUGAGAGAGAUUCAGUCACAGGGAUCAAGAAGGGACGCCAACUCGGAAAGCAGCUUUAGCGAUUCCGACGAAAAUUCAACCGAACCCACUGACUCGGUUACCAAAAAUAGAGCGUCUUUCUGGUGUGGAUUUUUCUGUGGAUCAUCCAAUUCAUGUAACAAAGUAGAAUCCAUUCACUGCAAAAGAUCUGCUUUUCUAAAGAGGAUUCGAAAGUUUCUCUGGAAGAAUUAACAGGAAUUUAGGUUUUUACUUUGAAAUGAACACACAAAUCCAAUAAAUCGAUGUACAUUUGUCUUUGCUGUGUUCAGGUAUUAAACUUACAUUACAAAAUGUCGUUCAUCAUGGACAAUAUGCUAUUCUAGUAUAAAUUUACAUAUGAUAGUAUUUAGCUGAAGGUAUAAUGUUAUAAGUCUAUUGUGUUGUAAACUUAAGAUCAUCAUUGAAUACUAUUAGUGUUUAGUAUUAUAUUAAAACUGUCUUAUUUCAA